CUUGCUAAAGAAGCUAAUCAGCGUCGCCUUGGAUGAUCGAAUCGGAGAAGGAAGCUUGUGCAUAUUUCGACGACCAAAAUCAGGGCCGGCGGAGGAGCUUCAAGCGAGAUCUGGCCACUUCGAUCUCUCAGCCACAGAAGAUAGAUGAACAGAGCACGGCGGUCGCGGCCGCGAAUACGAGUGGAAGUAGCGGCGGAGGGCGACGGGAGAUCGCUGGAAACUGAGAAACUUCUCUACAGAGAGGAUUGGAAUUCAGCUUUCGAAUCUGGCUCUACAGGCUUUUGGUGCUUCUGCAUUUUUAUGGGCUUAAGCGAAGGGUGAACUGGGCUUGUCUAACCGAGAAACCCUGGCUUGGUGGCUUGAGCAGCGGGCAACCCUCUGCUAAUUUACCCAGAUCAUAGAUAAACGCAUCAGUGUCUUCCUCGCAGGGUUUUCUACUUCUUCGCCGACCAUCUUUGAAGGAUUUCAUGGAUGCAAGAACUCUGAGAUGUCCCAAGAUGUAUGGGAAGGGUUUGAAGGAUUAUGCGGAACAAGUUCCAGGCUCUCGAUCUGGGUCAUUGUUCUCUGAAAGAACUCUGUAUCCGUAUGUGACCGGCACGGCUUUGGUCGCACUUGUGUACCGGGAUGGGAUUCUGAUGGCUGCUGACAUGGGAGGUUCUUAUGGAUCCACCUUGAGAUACAAAACUAUUGAGCGAAUAAAGCCUAUUGGAAAACAUUCUCUCCUGGGUGCGAGCGGAGAGAUAAGUGAUUUUCAGGAGAUAUUGCGUUACCUUGAUGAACUGAUUCUUUACGACAAUAUGUGGGAUGACGGGAAUUCCUUGGGGCCCAAAGAGGUGCAUAAUUAUCUGACUCAGCUUAUGUAUAAUAGGCGCAACAAGUUCAAUCCAUUGUGGAACUCACUAGUUAUAGGUGGAGUUAAGAAUGGACAGAAAUAUCUUGGCAUGGUUAGCAUGAUAGGCGUGAGUUUCAAAGAAAACCAUGUGGCUACUGGGUUUGGCAAUCACCUUGCACGGCCAAUUCUUCGUGACGAGUGGAACGAGAACUUGAGUUUUGAAGAUGGUGUUAAGCUAUUGGAGAAGUGCAUGCGCAUUCUUCUGUAUCGUGAUAGAUCUGCAGUCAAUAAGAUUCAGAUUGUAAAAAUCACAGAAGAAGGAACAACAAAUUUUCCGCCCUACUCUUUGAAAACCUUCUGGGGCUUUGAAUCAUAUGAAAACCCCACUGCUGGUGAAGAAGGGUCUUCUUGGGGGAUAAUUUUGCAGAUGGGCUAAUGUAGUUGGGGUAGCUUUUGGUUGGAGCAGAACUUGUGCUAGGUGAGAGAAACGGAGACAUUGUUUGUGCAGAAAAUGAGUAACAGUGCGUAAGGUACAGUAAUCUUUAUCGUAGGGGGGAAAAAGAAGAAAAAAA